AUGCAAUUCUCUACAAGCACAUCAUUUGCACAACCUUCAGGGAUUUCCUUAUCAUCUGAUUUGAAGGAGGCAUAUAUUGCUGAUAGUGAAAGUAGUUCCAUUCGAGCACUUGAUUUGAAAACUGGAGGAUCAAGAUUACUAGCAGGAGGUGAUCCCUUUUUUGCAGACAAUUUAUUCAAGUUUGGAGAUCACGAUGGAGCAGGGCCUGAAGUACUUCUUCAACAUCCAUUGGGUGUUUUGUGUGGGAAGGAUGGACAAAUUUAUAUAGCAGAUUCCUAUAAUCACAAGAUUUGGGAUAAGAUCCUUAAGUUUUCUCAUGGAGAUACAAGUGAGAAAUUGGUGGCACUUGUUCCAUGGUGGACCACCUAA